AUGGCGUCUACAAUCCCUACUGUCGCGAAAGCCUGGAGAUACCCUCCAACCGACUCAUCUUUAUGGGACAGCUAUCAUAGCCUUGAGCUUCGCGAUAUUGAAGUUCCUCUACCUGGCCAAGGCGAAAUUCUAGUUAAGAUUCAUGCAGUUUCGCUGAACCGUCAGGUAAUUAGCUUGAGCACUUUUCGUCUUGACAUCAUUGGAGGACCUCUUACGAUGGGACCUGAUGGCAAAGGUCUCAUCCCGACCUCGGACGGGGCUGGAGAAGUAGUUGCAGUCGGAGAAGGCGUUAACAAAUGGGUUGUUGGAGACCGGGUUCGUUCACUCUUCAACGAACUCUGGGCCACUGGACAGAUGCAGAGAGAGUACUGGCGCGCACUGCCAGGAUCCGGCACGCAGGGUUGUUUGACUCAGUAUCGAAUAUUCCCAGCCGACUUUGUGCUACGCGUGCCCGAGCAUCUUUCCUUUGAGGAAGCAGCUACAAUCCCAUGUGCAGGAAUAACAGCUUUCAAUGCGUUGUUCGAGUCCGCUAAUACCACGCAAGACUCUACUGUACUUGUUCUGGGCAGUGGAGGUGUUUCAGUGUACGCUGCCCAAUUUGCCAAAGCUGUAGGUGCAAAAGUGAUUGCCACUACCUCGUCGAAGGACAAGAUACAAAAGUAUAAAGAUCUCGGUGUUGAUCAUGUGAUCAACUAUCGAGACACACCCGGCUGGGCGCAGGAGGUUAAAAGACUAACUGGUGGGAAAGGUGUCGAUCAGGUUCUUGAGAUUGGAGGUAAGGGGACGCUCAUGGAGGCGAUUAAGUCCAUCAAGUGGAAGGGUACGGUCCAUAUUAUUAAUGGACCCCACGAGGCUCCUGAAUAUUCCAUGCUCGAGCUUGCCUUUGCUAUUAUUGGAUCUGAAGCCAGGCUAAAUGGUAUCGCGACGGGUGGAAAAGACAUUGCGGAGCGACUUGAUUCCUUCAUCUCGAGACACAAGAUCAAGCCCCUUGUUGAUCCUAGAAUUUUCGAAUGGACAGAAGCGAAAGACGCCUUUCAGUAUCUUGACAAAGGGUCUCACUUUGGAAAAGUGGUGAUCAAGGUUGAUUGA